CAAUUGGGCAUAUGCUGCGGAAAUGAUUGCGGAUUUUUUUUUGGGCAUCGGACGGCGCGAUAGGGUUGAUUUCAGCGGCUGAGAUUGAAGCGUGAUCCAUCUCCACGAUGCGUUUACUAUGUCAUGGGAGAUUAGAGUUCCCUCUGAAUUUAGCCUGGAGUACAACAUCGAUGGCUCAAGAGGGGGGGGGGAUAGGGUUGAGAAGAUCUCACCAACUCUUUACGUGCUACUUUUUUGUUUCGUUUUUUUGUACAGCACUAGAGAAACAGGCCUAUAUCCGGCGCAGUUUGUUGUGUUUAUAGUAUUUGCACUUUACCGGUCUUGCCGACCAUAUAAGCGAUUAAUGUGGGUUAGCAUACCACUGUCUAUACGUUAAUAUGGAUCUAUUGUAGUCAUAUAGUUGUUAUAUUAUUGCGUUAGGUCAUGGCUAUCUUGUGAAGGGCUUCCAGGGUCAGAUGCCCAUAUAUUGUCUAUUUCAUGAUAUACGUCGGUAUUGUACGU